UCAUCAACAACUUAGAAAACUUUCUAAGCAAUAGAUUGAGAGAAAUCCAACUUUUAUUUUUAGGACUCUCAAAUCAACUAAGAAAAAUGGCUUUUUGGUCUGCUGAGAAUGCUACUAAAGCCUAUCUUAGUACAUUGAAAACGGAUCAAAGAACAAAAGAACCAAACGUGGCUGAAUUUAUAUCGGCUCUAGCCGCCGGAAACAACGCCAGAAAGAUCACCGUGGCUUUUACCGGAGCAGCAAACGCUGACAUACUCCUUGCCUUGAUCGCUGCCGCUAAUCAAACGCGUGGUCAAGUGGUAUGUGUUUUACGUGGCAUUGAAGAACUGAUCAUAUCCAAAAAAAUGUUGGAACCAUCAGAGAUUCAUCAGAUACAUUUCGUAGUGGGAGAAUCUAGCGACGAGACUUUAAUUAAUGAUCAUUUCGGAGAAGCUGACUUCGUCCUCGUCGAUUGUAACCUCGAGAACCACCAAGAUAUCGUUACAAAGAUCGUUAAUCAUCAUGAAGAAAACGCAAGAACCAGAGGUGGAAGCGGUGUGGCGGUUGUGGUGGGUUAUAACGCGUUUUCGAGAGGGUCUUGGAUAUUUAGCGAUGGGAGGAAAACACAGUUUUUACCUAUAGGUGGAGGGUUGCUUGUGACGAGGGUCAACGAUAAUGGUAAUUAUAAUCAGAAAAUGAUGAUGAGCAAGAACAAUCACCAUCAUCAUCACCAUGACCGUGUAAGAAAGAGUCAUUGGGUGGUGAAAGUUGAUAAGUGCACAGGAGAGGAGCAUGUGUUUAGGGUUAGGGUUCCACGAGGAGAAGCCAUUAUUGAAGCUUAAUCUAAACCUUAUAAUAUUAUUGGGUAAUGGGUACUUUAGAGCAAAAGUCACCUCUGUGAUGGUUCAGACGAGUGAGAGUAGUAAGAAGAAUAGUUAUCUUUAUAAGUGAUUAGAAGGAUUUUUGAUUGGUGUUGGAGUGUUUUGUUUGUAUGAAGUUUUUUAUUUAAAAACUUAUUUUUCUUGUAAGUGUGAAUAUGAAGAUAUGUUUUUCGU